AAAUGCUCAACAGAGACUAUUUGUCAAAACAAUAGUCAUCUUAAAUGUCGAAGACAAACUGAUAAAACAACUUGAUGCUUCUACUGUUCGGACCAAAAUUAGUACCAAGUGCAGAUUUUCCCUUUCUCUUUGAGAAGUGUCGGUGCAGUUGAUGGUACUCAUAUGCAUGUCAAAGGCCUGCAAAAUAAUGCACCACAAUGGUGAGGUAGAAAAGAUCACAUUUCAAAAUGUGUUGGCCGCGGGGUAGGAGGGAACAACUUCUGAUACCAGACUAAUUAAACAGGCGUUAACAAACUAGUACCCAUUACAAAUUCCAGAAGGUAAAAGUUCUGUAUCAUAUUUUUAUUAAAGUAGAAUGAAAAUUGACACCUUAAUGAUUUCUGAAAUAUAAUUGGUUUUAAUUGAUGGUGCAAGUAUUAUCUUUGUGAUGCAUGAUUUCCUUCAAGAACUGGACUUGUAACACCAUAUAGAGGAGAAAGGCCUCCAGCGACUCUCCUCCAUCAUCGAUUAUCUUCCAUCAGCCUCCAUCACCUACUCUCCUCCAUGGAACAAAUGGGAGAUAAUAAUAUCCGCGACUACGAAGACGAUCCAUCCAAGGACCCCAAACGAAAAGCCAGCCAUCCAUGGGACAUAAACUCUUGUUUUAUGUGCUAUCUUUAAACAUAAGUUUGCUUUGGUUAUGGUACGGAGCAAACGAAGGAUGCGAUGUGGGAUCGUAUCGAGGAGAAGUUCUUCACGGCGAUGAAGAAGGACGGCUCCUACCGAACCCGUGACCAACUCACUUCCAAAUGGAGCCACAUCAACAAAAAAUGGCAACAACUCAACAAUCCCGACGGCGUAUCAUUCCGGAAAAGAUCCACCGUCGACGCCGAGGUUGAGGUCGACGAGACCAUCGGUUCUACCGAUCAAAUCCCUUCCUUCAACGUUGCGGUUUCCGAUGACGAGGACCCCAUUCCACGGCCGAUCGGAAGAAAGAAGGCAAAAUCCAUUGCCUCUGGUUCGGGAGGGUCCGCCUCUAUUUCUGCUUCUCCCCGCGACGAAAUCGGCCGGACAAUGGUUGAACAACUUCGGGCGUUCAAUCUCCAAGAACAAGAGAGGAUGAAGCUUAAAGAGAAGGAGUUGAAGCUAAAGGAGCAGGAGGCCGAGAUGAAAGUCAUGCAAACCGACCCCGCGACAGAUAGAAAUUCCGGUGAAGAGAAUAUGUCAACGGGAAUCGCCGGCGAUCGUCUGGCGGAGGAGCGGAAAUCAUGGCGCAAGAAUCACCCCCAUGGCUUCAUUGCUAAGCCGGAGACGCGUGGUGGUUUGGUUAACAUGAUGGUGUGGCAAUGCAGUAUUCCUGGAAAGGCCGGGACUAUUUGGGAAGGAGGUCACUACCCUCUCACAAUGCAUUUCAGUGAAGACUACCCAAUCAAACCGCCAGAGUGCAAAUUUCCCCAAGGAUUUUUCCACCCCAAUAUCCAUACUUCUGGAAACGUUUGCCUUUCGAUCCUCAAUGAAUACAAGGGUUGGAAACCAGCCAUUACAGUAAGGCAGAUUCUGAUUGGUAUCCAAGAUUUGUUAGAUCAUCCAAAUCCAGCGGACCCUGCUCAAAGAGAUGUAUGUGACCUCUUUGUUCGGCCUACUCCUGUCUCAAAACUAAAGACACACUUUUGACUUUUUUGGUCAAAUUGUUCAAAUACCUUGACAAAUCAAUUUCAGGUUGGAAAUGUUAGUCAUGCAAUUGAUGGGUUUGAUAUUAGUAAUUACUCCCUCCGUCCCAGAGUAUUUGUCCACUUUCAUUUUUACACACCAUCCAAUGCACUUCUUUAAUCCAUUUUAUCUUGUAAUUUGUAUAUUAAAAAAUUAUAGAAAUUAUAUAUUAAUAAUCUAUAUGUUAAGAC